GCUAACAUUAAAAUGUCAGCACAUUUAGCCGCUUAUUCGGCUGUUGGCCUCAGCAUCUGCGCACUGGUAGCAUGCAUCGUUUUCCUUCCCUCACUUUACAACAGGAUCUCGGAGAUACGCCACGAACUGGAACUGGAUAUGGAGGAAUUCCGGGAGCUGCAGAAUGAAAUCUACAUUCACCUCAAGAGUGGCAGUGUUGGCAUUGGUGGUGGUUCACUUAUAGGAUACAGAAAAAAGCGCGCCUUAUCGUCACCUGGACAAUGUCGUAUGUAA